CCGCCGCGAAAGUGCAGCACGCCCUGCAGCCCACUCGGGCCGCCGCCCCUCCCCAGCAGCACCCCGGGCCGCCUCAGCCCGGACCUCAGUGUGUGCUGCCAGCCUAGCGACGGCGGCCAGCUGGGCACCAGCGCCUCCCUGUUUAGCUCCCCAGCCUCUCCCGGCCCCGGGUCCCCAGCGCCGGGAGACAGUGUCAUAGGUAUCGGCCCCGAGGCAGCAACAGGAGGAGGCGGGUUCACCAGGUUGGCCCGCCACGCUCGUGCAAGCCUCACGUCAGCUCUCUUUAGCUUUACGGACUCGGGGAACCCUGAGGAUUCUGAGUUUGGGACAAGCGGGAAGGAUAUGAGGGGGUCCCGCUGUGCAAGGGAACUGAUGGGGAAGAGGCUGGAGAGCCCAGCUUUGUCAAGCAGGCGGCGGAAGAGGGCCACAGACAAGGACUUUUGUCGAGAGAGUGGGACUCAAGGGGCUGUUCCGACAGAAUGUGGGGAGGCCAGUGGUUGCAAGAGCUGCAAAGGACCCGGGAAAACCAACAGGCCUGAGAGAACUGGGCCAGGCCAGAAAAGGAAACAUCGGGAGGCAGUAGAAACCUCUCUCCUCCAUCACGACCAGUUUAAAAAGGGCCACAGGCCGGGCAAAGAUUCACUCCUUACCCAGGACCUGACUCUAUUACAGAAUGACUGCUCUUGGACCAAAACCAGGGCUUCCUUCAGUUUCCAUAAGAAAAAGAUCGUGACCGCUGUGUCAGAAGUGAGCAACAACACCACUACCACUUCUCCCCCGGGGUCCUUCCUGUCCGAAUAUUCAAACCCUCCUGUCCUGAACAAAACAACAAGCAGUGCCCCAUCCCCUUGGCACUCCUCUUCCAUGUAUUUGCUCACCCCCUUAAAGACACUGCAUGUCGCAGACCAAAAGGCAUCUGAUGCUGAAAAGGUUUAUAGGGAAUGCGACCAGGAGGGUCCUAUCCCCUUUAGCGCUUGCCUUUCCACGGAGGAACUGGAAAGCUGUGAGAAGAUUGGGGAAGGAGUGUUUGGGGAAGUGUUUCAGAAAACUGCUAAUUGUACACCAGUAGCCCUAAAAAUCAUUGCUAUUGAAGGACCGGAUUUAGUCAAUGGAGCCCACCAGAAAACUUUUGAGGAAAUCCUCCCAGAGAUCAUCAUCUCCAAAGAGUUGAGCCUCCUGUCUGAUGCUGCAUGCCACCGCACAGAAGGCUUUAUCGGGCUGAACUCAGUGCACUGUGUUCGUGGACCUUACCCUCCCUUGCUCCUCAAAGCCUGGGAUCACUAUAACUCAACCAAAGGGUCUGCAAAUGACCGGCCUGACUUUUUCGACCAAGACCAGCUCUUCAUUGUGCUUGAAUUUGAAUUUGGAGGAACUGACUUAGAGCAAAGGAGAAAGACGUUGUCCUCCAUAGCUACUGCAAAGAGCAUCCUGCACCAGCUCACCGCAUCCCUUGCUGUUGCAGAGGCAUCGCUGCACUUUGAGCACCGAGACUUACACUGGGGGAAUGUGCUGUUAAAGAAAACCAGCCUCAAGGAAGUCCACUACACCCUCAGCGGGAAGACAGGUACUAUCCCCACCUGUGGGCUGCAAGUCAACAUCAUUGACUACACCCUGUCGCGCUUGGAGCGGGAUGGGGUCGUGGUUUUCUGUGACAUUUCCAAGGAUGAGGACCUUUUUACAGGGGAAGGUGACUACCAGUUUGAGAUCUACAGGCUAAUGAAGAAGGAGAACAACAACUGCUGGGGUGAAUAUCACCCUUACAGUAAUGUGCUCUGGCUACAUUACCUCACAGAUAAGAUUCUGAAGGAAAUGGUCUUCAAGAGGAAAUGUAACACCUCUGCCUUGAAGCAAAUAAAGAAAGACAUCGUACAUUUCCAUGGGACAAUGCUGAACUUCAGCUCUGCCACUGACCUGCUCUGCCAACACAGUCUAUUUAAGUAAGUCAAAGGUGCCUUACCGCCCCAAAGGGAGAGAGACCACUAGCCUUAAAAGCCCGCAAAGCCCGCAGUGUUGUUUUCGAUCUCUAUCCCCAGGCCAGGGUGAAAUUCCUAUUCUAAUCAGUUUUUCAAACAAGAAUUUUUUGUUUCCAAGUGGAAACUGAAAUGUUUGUGGAAAUCUUUAAACAGCAAACAUUCUUUAAAAAUGAACUACAUGUGAGAACCAAUGUUUACAACUUUUAAGUCCUCUUUCUGUCAGCAGAGUCUAUUCUGUAGGUUUCUCUCCAUUUUUUCAUUUUUGAGCCUUGACACUUUAUGUAGCCUAAGGGGGGAAAAAUUCAGGAAAGCCCAAGGUCUCAGCUGUCACACUAAUCAGAGCCUAUAGGUAUUGGCAGGCUGGCUUUGGGAACCAUUCUACAGCUCAGGAGUCAACCGAGGGCAAAGAGGCAGUAGCAAAGCAGAGACCAAGACAGACAGACUGGAGGGAGAGAGAAAAGGAAGAUGGUAAGAUAGUUUAUAGGAGACAUGCAAGAAAUGCCAUAUAUUUAUCAAGCUCAUUUGCCAGUCACAGAGAAGUAGGAUUUAACAAUUUUCAACAGGAAAAUAAAUGUCUCCAUGGCUACUAAAAAA